UGACAUUGAUUGAUAUAUAAAUUCAGAAUUGUCCCUGAGAUAAGUCAAAGUCACUACCUACUCAUAUCAAAAUCCCAUUCUAUCUUUCUCCUUUAAGCAAGCCUUUCAGCUCACCCACAAACAUCAUGUCAUCUCAUCAAACUUCCAAAAUCUUCGUCAUCGGAGGCACAGGAGCUCAAGGAAUACCUGUCGUCAAGGCUCUUGUCGCCGACAAGAAAUAUCAAGUUCGGGUUUUAACCCGUGAUACAACAUCCGCUCGAGCUCAAGAACUCCUCGCCUUAGGUAACGUUGAACUAUUCGAAGGUACCUUUGCCGAUGAAGAUGUUCUUCGUGCAGGAUACAGAGGCUGUGAUGGAGCAUUUGUCAACAUUGAUGGUUUCAAUUCUGGUGAAAAAACUGAAAUGUUUUGGACUAUUCGUUCUUAUGAAUUUGCUAUUCAAGAAGGAAUCAAAUUUUUCGUCUAUGGAAACUUGGAUUACGCAUUGAAGAAGAGUGGAUGGCAAGAAAAGUAUCAUGGUGGUCAUUAUGAUGGAAAGGGAAGAAUUGGUGAAUGGAUUUUAUGGCAAAAUCAAAGUAACCCUAAUGGAAUGGGAGCGGCAUUAUUUACCACAUGUCCAUAUAUCGAAAUGUCCAUCACAACCGGGACAGUUAUGACGCCUUCUGUAGAGAAUGGUGUCCUGACGUGGAGAGUCCCAAUAGGAGAGGGUGCUGUUCCCCACGUUUAUUUGGAAGAUUGUGGAUUUUAUGUUCGAUGGUUAUUUGAUCAUCCUGAACGUAGUAAUGGGAUGAAUCUCGAAGUUGCUAUUGCCGAUAUAACGUAUGCUGAAAUGGCAACAGCAUUCGAAAAGGUUACAGGUCAUCCUGCUCAAUAUAUUCAUACGGAUUUCGACACAUACUUCGAGCGAUUCGGACCAUUAGCUGACUCGCCGGCUGGAUUCAAUGCGGAUCCGAAAGAUAAGGCAACAAUGACUUUUAGAAGAAAUUUCACGGGUUGGUGGAGUUUAUGGAGAGAUAGAGUGGUGACGAGGGAUUAUAAGUUGUUGGAUGAGAUUCAUCCGGGAAGAAUUAGAAGUGCGGAAGGGUUCUUUAGGAGAGAGGAUGAGAGGUUGAAGAAGGAAUCUGAUGGAAAGAUUGGGUUGUGGGAAAGUGUUCAACCCGGGUAUGAGAGACAUAGUCUGAAACUGACCGAAGAUGGAAGACAGGGGAAACUUUGAGUUGAAGUAGAUGUUGGACAAGGAAAUUCUUGCGCUGGAUCCGAAGCUGUUUUGAUUGUCUGCCAAACUCCAGAUUGACAGCGGAUUUUGAGGUUUUGACAAUUUUUCCUUUUUGGGAAAAGAGCAAUUUGUGGAAAACCAACUAUUCACUUCUUUCAUUAACAUCCAUUCAUUGCCUUGGUACUUAAACCUCAAUCAUUUCAAAUUUAUCCAUAUCUCU